AAUUUGGUAAUAUAAAUGAACCUGAGUUGGAAAUUAGUAAUACAAAAGAAUCUGAAUCAGGAAUUAUAAAAGAAUCUGAACCAGGAAUUAUAAAAGAUUCUAAAUCAGAAUUUAUUAAUGUAAAGGAACCUAAUACAAAACAAUGGGGAAAGAUUGAAUUAGGUCGCAUUUGUUAUCAAGUUUUAAGCACAUCCAAAGCAGAUCACUAUGACUUAAAAGCUGAUGGCGCUAUUGCUGCAUUUCUAGCUGGAAUAAAAAACAGAAAAAAUAUUCAGUUAUGUGUUUAUCAAGACAAUAAUAAAUCUAGAGCAAAUAAAAAAAUUUGU